GUUUUUCUGUUGGGCUCUUGGUGUCUGCAGCUCCAGACAGGGUGUGAAAGGACAGCAUGAACUUUACCCCGUCGCAGUCCCCUGUCUGCAGAAAGCCUGCAGCUGUCCACAAGCAUGAGGCUGCUGGCAGCUUCAGCAGCCCCACCAGGUGGAAGGGUGUGUCCUUCUCCGAUUCUGUACAGUCGACUCCCCUACCUUCCGUGGAGGAUCGCCUGGCUGUCCUCUGCCCUUCUCAGGAGCUUCUGGAGUAUUAUCAGAAGAAGAUGUCUGAGUGUGAGGCAGAGAACGAGGAGUUGUUGAAGAAGCUGGAGCUGUACAGGGAGGCAUGCGAGGGGCAGCAUAAACUGGAAUGGGAUUUGCAGCAGCGGGAGGAAGAGAUUGCUGAGCUGCAGAAAGCUCUGAGUGACAUGCAGGUCUUCCUCUUCCAGGAGCGAGAGCACGUCCUACGCCUCUACUCAGAAAAUGACCGCCUAAGAAUCAGGGAGCUAGAAGACAAGAAGAAGAUUCAGAAUCUCUUGGCUCUUGUGGGAACAGACACUGGAGAAGUGACCUAUUUUUAUAAGGAGCCUCCCAACAAAGUCAGCAUUCUCCAGAAGACUGUCCAGCCUGUAGAAGUACGUGAAAAGAAUGAGUCUUCAGCUCUCAGAGCAGAUUCUAAAGGCAGCAGGAGGAAAUCAGCAGGGAGAGAAAAGGAGGUGAGCCCUGGGCUGCAUCAGAGAGACGUCCAGACCCUCGCCCUGCAGGUGGAGGCACUGCAGGCGCAGCUGGAGGAGCAGACCCGGCUCUCGCGGGAGCAGGUGGCAGGGCUCAUGGAGGAGAGGCGGAUCCACGUCGAGGAAGUGCAGGUUCAUCAGCAGAGAAGCCGGGACAGAAUCACAGAGCUCACCAGAAGUCUCCACCACACCCAGGAGCUGCUCUACGAGAGCACCAAAGACUUUCUGCAACUCAGAUUUGAAAACCAAAAUAAGGAGAAGUCCUGGAUGCUUGAAAAGGAUCACUUGAUGUCAAAGAUUAAGGAAUACAGGGUGCAGUGUAAGAAGAAAGAAGAGAAAAUGGGGAAAAUGUGGCUAGUUCAUGAGAGUCAUCACAACCAAAAUGAAUAUAUUAAGUCCCUAAAGGAUAAGCUCAUACAAGAGAGAAGGCUGUCCAGCAUGUACCAAGAGCAGUGCAUUUCCCUGGAAGAAGAGCUGGCCCGGAUUCGUGAGGAGGAAGGAGCAAGGAGAGAGAUCUUUAAGGACCGCACCAGCAAGAUGGGGAGACGCCUGCAGGCCAUGACUAAGCGCUAUGAGGCCUUGGAGACCCGGCGUGUCUUAGAGGUAGAAGGCUUUAAGACAGACAUUAAGAUUCUCCGGCAAAAACUAAAAGACGUGGAGCAGAUACUUUAUAAGGCCACACUCAACGCCCAGGCAAACCAGGAUCUUGCCAUUCUGUGUGAGGUUCGUGAUAGCAAUCGACUGGCACACAAGAUACAGGGAGAACUGAGGAACCUCAAGUCCAAAGUGUUUGGUCUAGAGAACGAACUUAGGCUAUGCUGAUAUUACAUUUUAGGAAUGGCACAGGUCUGGAGUAGGUCUGCUUCCUGAAAUUCAAGGAGAAGGUCAUCCACUCCCAGAAACCAUAGGCGCAGAGUUGUCCAGAGUAGUGGUGUCCGUUGUUAUGAAGACAAGGGGAAGAAUCAACUUUUUUUUUGUAUUCUAA